AAUGUGUACACAUUUUUCUCGCAAAUUCAGUAGUCGAAGACGUACCUUUUCAGGAGUAGCAGCGAAAAAUAUUCUUAAGAUAGUUUUUAAGUUUAAAAUCAUGUUGCAUAUAUGUGAAAAAUUGUAUUAAAUAAUUCGCCCUUUAUUAAAUAUAAUACUGUUCUUUGGAAACCUCAGUGAAUGUUAUUUAAUUGUAAAUGCACAUGCAAAAUUGCAUUCUCUUUUGUCUGCAAAUUUGUAUGUGCAUGUAUGUAUUUGAAAAAUUUAAGUCUAGUCUGUUAAGUUAAUUAAGAUAUUGUUGAGUAGUUUAGGCAAAACUACUUUUUCUAACAAGUUUAGACAGUUCUUAUACACAAAUUUUUUGAUAUGUAUACAUAUGAAAUAUGAAUACUCUAUUUACCCAUAUACCCCUUGGAAUAAUCAAUGCCCCCAACGAAUACAGACAAUGCAAAUCUACGACCAUACACUAUACCAAAUAUAUUAUAUUAAUAUUUAUACGCCUUUACACAAAAAGCUCAUGUAUAUCGAAUAUAAUACUAUUUUUGCAGGAACUUCGAAUGUGAUGAAAACUAUACCUAAAGUCUUUUUUAUAUCUUUCUUCUUUUCCUAUAAAACAUUUAAUACUUAAUAUGUAUUUCACAAUUUACAUAUAUUCUUAUUUUAGGUGCUUACAAUGACAUGGAUAUAUAAUUUUUCAUUACAGGAAUUUGAGUACAGAAAUCGUAAGAUGGUCCUGUCUGCAAAGCUAAUAUACUCCUCUAUUCAAGUUCAUCCUAUAUCUAAUACGUACAUACGUCCGUUUGCUUUUCCGUCCGUUUGUUUGUCCGUCCGUUUGUUUGUCUGUCCGUUGGUUUGUCCGUCCGUUUGUUUGUCCGUCCGUUUGUUUGUCGUUUGUUUACCCGUCCGUCUGUUUAUUUGUCAGUCUGUGUACUUAUAUGUUGCUUUUGUUGCAGUUGUGUCUGGUUUCCUUGCCACCUAUUCAAACCCUUCUGAGAUCUUAAACUUGUUAUAUGCAUAAAUAUGGUAAAUUCUUUCUAUGAAUAAUCUUUAUAUUUACAGAUUAACUGCACCCGCAAAACCGGAUGACGUUGCAAUUUAUUUGUAACAUUUAAAAUUAAAUCAAACAUUUAAAGAAUGUUUAAUUUAAUUUACAAUGAACUCAUUUAACACUGGGCCUAUAAUUUUAGUAGGGGUUAAGCCUUAUAAACCUUAUAUGUGCCAAGUUGUUAAAUAUUCAUAACUUUUAGGGAAAGUCUCAUCUCAAUGAUAGUACGCAAAAAACAAGCUAAAAUGAAAUAGGUGAUUCGGAGUUUUACAGGAAAGGCGGCAUAUGAGAAAAGAUACUUUUAUUGAAAUGACACCUAAUGACAAACGAAAAAGAGAUUAUUUCUGUGUUUUUGCAAAUGCCCAUCUCUUGGGUUAAGGAUCAAUGGUAAUGAUUAUAAAUUACAGUUUUAAAAAUAUGCAUCGGAUACAUGACGACGAGUAUUCCGAUGAUGCGAAGGAAUCGGACUUCAAGGGUUCGAUUCAGAAGGAGAUAUCAGUGAAGUCGAGACACCAAAUUUCCAUACCGGACAUAUGCUCAGAUGCUGUUAAGAACAAUUGCUUUCCGCCGACUGGCUUUCUCAAUAGCUCGAUCGCCUUUGCCUCACAUGUUGUUAAGUGCAGCUCACCGGCCUCGAGCAUCGAGGAAUCCUCAACGGCGGCCCAGCAGCACGAAUCCAAUCCCCACAUGCACAUGCAGGGUCAGCAUAUGAUGGCUCCCGUUCCCGAUCUGGGCUUCUACAAUGUGCCCGAGUUCAUAUCCGAGCAGGAGAAGCUCAUGUUCUCCGACGCGGAGAGGUUCAUGCGGUCGAAGGAUAAUGAGGUGUGCAACAAUGAUUUCAGCUAUAUGCACGAUGAGUUCGCCAUGCGCAAGUACUAUCAUCCGUUAUUUGCUCAUGGCAUAUGCCGCUGGCCUGGUUGCGAAAUGGAUUUGGAGGACAUCACAUCGUUUGUCAAGCAUCUGAAUACGGAACAUGGUUUGGACGAUCGAUCAACUGCACAGGCUCGGGUUCAAAUGCAAGUUGUCUCCCAGCUGGAAUCGCACCUUCAAAAGGAAAGAGAUCGCUUGCAGGCAAUGAUGCAUCACUUGUAUUUGUCCAAGCAACUUUUGUCACCCACCAAAAUCGAUAGGAAGGACGUGCCCGGAAGAGAGGGAAAGUUUUGCCGGAGUCCGCUUACCGUGAAUAGCAUAGGCCGACCCAUCCGCCAAACAAACUCACCGAGUCCUCUGAAUCUUCCAAUGGUUAAUUCCACCAACUUGUGCUCGAUCAAAAAGAGAAACCACGACAAAAAUACAUUUUCCAUAAAUGGGGGAUUACCCUAUAUGCUUGAAAGAGCCGGUCUUGAUGUGCAACAGGAAAUCCAUCGAAACAGAGAGUUCUAUAAGAAUGCUGAUGUACGACCGCCUUUUACUUAUGCUUCCCUCAUAAGACAGGCUAUAAUUGACUCGCCUGACAAGCAGUUAACCCUAAACGAAAUCUACAACUGGUUCCAAAACACAUUUUGCUACUUCCGACGCAACGCAGCUACGUGGAAGAAUGCGAUUCGUACGAACCUUUCCUUACACAAGUGCUUUGUACGUUAUGAAGAUGACUUUGGCUCGUUUUGGAUGGUCGACGAUAAUGAGUUUGUCAAAAGGCGGCACUUGUCGAGAGGGAGACCCCGGAAAUAUGAACCGUCCUCCUCCCCAAAUUCAUGCCAAUCCGGCAAUGGUGUGCCCACUGAUAAGAAUCCCUGCGACAAUUGUACGCAACAUUGCACUAGUUUGCCACCGGGGGCUGAUAAUCCUUUAGAUUCCAAUAAUCCAAAUGAUUUAGGCAGAAUUGGUUGUCUUCCCUAUUGCGGUAGUGAUGGUUUAAGUAAGGCGUCCAAGGACUAUAGCAACAUGGAUUCGGGUAUGGUCGAAAGUAACAGCCAUUUGGCAAUCGAUGAAUAUUCUACUAAUAUGUACGAGAGUAGUGCCAAUGAGCACAAUCGAUAAAUAUAUCAUUAACUAUACAUAUAUUUAGAUGCAUUGUCGAGUAAUCUGCGUUUGGUAAGAAGGUUCGGAUUCGGAAAUUAUAUCUGUACAUACACAUGGUUCUAUGUAUAAUUUCCCUAAUAGAAAUGAAAAAAUACUUUUAAAAUAAAUUACACUAAUGCUAUAAAAUAAACGGAAAAACUACGUUCAAUUAUUAAAGCAAAAUUAAUGUGUUUAAAUUUGCUUUAAUAAAUCCACUUAUAACACGACUUUAAUAUACGAGUGCUACAUAUACAUAUGAAUAUUUUCACUUUUCAGCAAGGGAGAAAAAGUUUUAACAAAACUGUUUUAAAAAGUCCAAUAUGGUUUUUUUUUAAGAGAUUACUUUCAGGUAUACCUUCUGUUGAAAAUCUAGACCCUGGAGAGCUUUAGAUUUGGAAAUUCCUUAGUAAACGUAUAUGCUUUUCUGCUGACUUAUCUAAUUAUUUCCUUUUAAUUUUAGGUAAUCUAAGUGACCUGAAUAAAUUCCUCAUAUUUACAACAAAA